CCGAGGCGUGGAGACAGAUUACUUCCUCAACUGUAUUCCGGAUUGAUUCUGCGUAUAAACAGGACCAAGUCUAAUUAUUGAAGUUCAACGCUAUUCCAAGUGGGAUCAUUGUGCUCACUGCAGGGAUUGAAACUCAUGCCUUCCGUGUGUUGCUUUGAAAUUGGUUAAGCCAAACGGACAUAUCUCAGUUACACGUGAGUACAGUUGAAGAGUCAGAUUUAGGCUCCCUCCAUGUGUAGAUGCAAAGCUGAAACUGGUCAUGAGAAAGGUUCAAAAGAACCGUGCUAAGCUGCAAAUCCUUGGAGACGAGAUGAACUAGUAGAAAAUAAUGUUAUCAUAUCAGAAGCUUGUCUCAUCCUCGGAGUUGCAUCGAAAAAUCUCCUUCCGCACAUUAAUUUAGCGAGAGAGGCAGUGACAUCUUCAAUCAUGAAAGGAAAGUAGACGGCGGAAAGGGUUGAUGAGGACGAGGCUUCACUCUCAUGAUUUCAAAACAGAGCCAUGAUGGUCUUACUCUCGAACGGUUUCUAGAGUUCAUGCUCACUCCCAUGGCUUGACAGAGCAGCACCUACACACACUCGAAUCGCCCCAACCUUUUGUUCUGAUGCGUCAACUAAGAUGCCAGUCAUUCAAGGAAGAGCCAGAGCGCAGGAUUUCCUCAGAUUGGGCCGCAGGAGAUGAAAGCUAACGAGGCGAGCUCCCGUCUCUCUCGAACUACGAAGUCCAAAUUUGUACGGAACUUACUCUUUGCGUUAGAACCAGCGCAGCACAAGCUUCCGACCGAGCCAAAAUGUUCACAGGCCUCUGCACUUUCAGUCUGGAGGUUCCUAUGGUAAGUAAUUACCGAAAGAUGAAGAGAGAACUGGGGGCUUGCUCUCGUGAGGCCGAAGAACGAGAGAAGAAGGUGAUCUUAUUUGGUAGAACUGGAGCUGACAAAACGAACGUAGCCAAUGCUCUCGUCACUGGAGGCCUGGGAACGGCGGUAUUCGAACUUGAGAAUCACGGGAAAUCGAUAGAAAUCAAAUUUAAGAGAGGAAGGGGCUGGUCUGUCACGGAUACGGUGGGAGGUCUCUCACUCGCAGAAGCUGAAAUGAAGUCUCGAUCUGCAGCAGUAGACACAGUCACCAACCUGCUCAAGCGCCUGAGAGGGGAAUACUCGCACAUAAUCUACUGCAAGUCCGCCAUGGAGGUUUCCAGUGCCGUAGAUCACCUCAUUUGGCUGGCAUAUGAGCAAAUCUUUGCAGGAGCUGAAGAGGCAUACGUUGUACUUUACACGGGAGGGGAUGAGGUUUGGCUAGACAUGCACUGGAACAUGCAGCCUGAAUAUUUGAAAGACCAUAAUGUAUUAGUGUCAGACAUAUGUCCGAUCAGUGUCCUACAGGUGAGGGAGAAGAGGCAGGCAGCUGUGAGAGAAAAGGAGGUCGAAAAGCUAGAGAAACGGUUGCAGGAGAUUUUUGAAAGUAAGGAUCAAGGCUAUUUCAGGCCAUCAAUUACCGACAUGGAUGAUGAGCAGUUGAGAGAGAAGUCUGAGGCUCUCCUAAUCUUUCUGGCUGAGAAGAUCCAAAGCAUGUUGCAUCCGAAUUUGUGGAUGAAAGUGGCUUCGAAAUUGUCAUCUUUCUUUCCCUUGGUGUGGUACUUCCGGGAGAUUGGUUCUACGAAAUCCGCUAUUCCUUUGCAAAGGUAACUCAGCAUAGUCACUAAUUCCCUUUCAUAACAUCCAUACUGCUCGAUUGGAAACUACAUAUUUGUCUAAGCCUUUGAAGCAUAUACACAUAGGGUAGACAGCCUGCUGUCUAACCUAUGUUUCAAGAUGAGUUCAUCCAAAUUUUUUCCAUGCUCAAAGUGCACAGGAUUCUUCUUGUGCAGUUUGAGCAGAUUUUGAGUGCAAGCCAAGAUUGGUAUUGCUGUGAAAUAUACAUUGUUUAUCCCCUACAUCAAGGGGAUUCAAUCAACAAAGUUUUGAGCUCAGUGUACAUAACGACGGGACGGUGAGAUUUGAAAAUCUAUGUAAGCUUGUCAUGUAAAAGUUUGAGGAUAGCCAACUGAAUUAGGUUUCUGGAAGCCAACGAUCAUGGCAGAAGGACAAUCUUGCGAAAAUCAGGAAUUCAACGAUCCGAACCUUUAGUUUUACAGUCUCUACAUGUCUCAUAUCUUUUAUAACGGAUCUGCAUUUGCUUAUCCAUGGAGGAAGACUAGUCGAAAAGAAACGUUAUUUUCAUUUGAUAAACACAACCGAAUACUCUGUACUGCUCCGAUUGCUGUCUCUUUCUUU